AGAAAAUUAGAAACGAUUGUUCGGCUUCUCUCUCCCGCUGUCCGACUCUUUUCUUCCCCUUCUCUCACCUUCCAUCCUAGGAGAGCCCGUGAAUUGAAGUACGUAAGUAGAGAAAUGGAUUAUGGUAGUUUUCAAUCCGAAGUUAAAAAGCCUGCGAAUUUUCGAUUGUGCAAUGUGUCCAGUUACACGAUUGAGUUACUGGAAAUUGUUGCUGAUCAGCCUUCAAUGCAUGUGUUGUUUAUCCCUGGAAAUCCAGGCGUUGUUACAUUUUACACGGACUUUGUGGAAUCACUGUUUGAGCUGCUUGGAGGAACUGCGUCUAUAACAGCUAUUGGACACAUUGGUCAAACCAAAAAGAACUGGGAGCGAGGGAAAUUGUUCUCAUUGCAAGAACAAAUUGAUCAUAAGAUGGAUUUCAUCAAACAGGAAUUACAAAAUACUGAAAUUCCUCUGAUACUGGUAGGGCACUCCAUUGGUUCAUAUAUAUCUCUACAGAUGUUAAGGAGGUCUCCAGAGAAGGUAAUAUAUUAUAUUGGACUGUAUCCAUUUUUAGCAUUAAAUUUACAAUCAAAGAUGCAAAUCAUCAUUGGGAAGAUUGCAAUGUCCAAAGUGCUCUCUACUUCAGCUAGUUUCCUUGUUGCAUCAUUGGGUUUGUUACCUAGAUGGACUUUGAGGUUAAUUGUCAAAAAUUUUCUUGGAAAAUCUUGGUCUAAUGCUGCAGUUGAUGCUGCUUGCUCUCAUCUGCCACAGUACCAUGUUAUGCGAAAUGUGCUCUUUAUGGCAAUGACAGAGUUCCGAAAGCUUGCAGAAACACCAGACUGGGCAUUUAUGAGAGAAAACCAGGAUAAAAUUGCAUUUUUGUUUAGCACUGAUGAUCACUGGGGCCCACUGCAAAUGUUGGAUGAGAUUGCCGGGCAGGUCCCAGGUGCUUCCUUGUCAAUCGAAAGGGAGGGCCACACUCAUGGUUUCAGUUGUACUGAGGCUGGCUCAUUAUGGGUUGCUCACCAUAUAGCUAGCCUGAUAAAGAAUCGACUGAGUGAUUCAAGUCAGUGAGCAAAACCGCAGGAUUACCUGCAAAUCAACUGGUAACAGCACAUGCUUCCUGGUGACUCUCAAACUCAAUCCCUUCCAUUAAAUUAUGAACAAUAGAAUCAGCUUCUGGUAUAUACUGUAACCUAUAUGUUCUUUAUGUAGCCAAUCUGGCUUAAGGGCACAGCAGGGUUCAUGAUGCAAUUUGGAAUCCCAAUAAGGUUUUAUUUAUAAGAACUUUUCUCUAUCCAUUUCAUCUGCAUCAGAGAACCUAAUGCAAAAUGCUUCAUUCUGCUAUAACCUACUUUGUGGACUCGCAGUGCUUUCUUGGGUGGCACCUUGGUAAAUUAUUAUAAUUAAAUUAAUUUUAAUUGA